CCUCUGCUGGAGCAGGUUAGCAAUGGUCCGCAGUGGAAAAAAUGGUGGGCUCCACCUGAAGCAGAUCGCAUACUACAAGCGAACGGGGGAGUAUCAUCCCACAACAUUAUCAAGUGAAAGAAGUGGAAUCAGGAGAGCAGCCAAAAAAUUUGUUUUCAAAGAAAAUAAAUUGUUCUAUGUUGGAAAAGACAGAAAACAAAUGCGCCUGGUAAUUGUUUCAGAUGAAGAGAAGAAAAAGGUGCUUGAGAAAUGUCACGAAAAUGCUGCCGGCACUCAUCAUGGCAUAUCAAGGACACUGACUUUAGUGGAAUCUAAUUACUACUGGACCUCUGUAACAAAUGACGUCAAGCAGUGGGUGUAUGCUUGCCAGCAUUGUCAAGUGGCAAAGAAUACAACCACCACUGCACCCAAAACACAUCCUAUCAAAGCUGAGGAGCCAUGGGCAGCAGUCACUAUAGACCUAAUGGGACCUUUUAAUAUUACCAACAGAAGCCACAAGUACAUCAUAACGAUGACGGAUUUGUUUACAAGAUGGACUGUUAUCUUGCCGCUGCAUGACACUUCAGCAGCUGAAAUUGCUAAGGCAAUCAUAAAUGUGUUUUUCAUAUAUGGGCCACCUCAAAAAAUGCCUAUUGAUCAAGGGAAGGAGCUGGUUUAUCAGAUAAAUGAAGAACUGUUUGCACUCUUUGGAAUGAAACAAAUUGUAUUGUCUUAUCCUCAGACAGGUGAUGUAAAUGAAAGAACAUGCAAGACAAUUAAAGCUUUCCUUAACAAAUACUGCACUGACCAUCCAAAUGACUGGGAUGAGCAUUUGUCUGCUAUUGCCUAUGCUUUCAAUUUGACAAAUUUGGAGCCAGAUCAAAACACCCCAUAUUUCCAAAUGUUUAAUCGUAACCCCCAUGUUGUUGAGCCAAUGAAUGUGUGUGUGGAAGGAGAAUACAGUAUGUUUGCCAAAAUAUUUGAAACAACUAAAAAAGCCAGUGAAGCACUGGAAGAAGAGAAAACCUCAGACUGCCAGGUGGAGAAGAACACUUCAGAUGAACAAAAAAUCAGGAACAAAAUCACUGUCAGAAGGAAGUCAAAGCAGUUAAAUACUGUUCGACUUAAAGUUGGUCAUGAAGUCCUCAGGCAAAGAAAAAAUUGGUGGAAAGAUGGUCGUUUCCAGUCGGAAUGGGUUGGUCCUUGUAUUAUAGAUUAUAUCACAGAUAAUGGCUGUGCAAUAUUAAGAGAUGCCACAGGAUCCAGGUUGAAAAGACCCAUCAAGAUGUCUCACCUCAAGCCAUAUGUAAGAAGAUCCAGUGAAAAAAAUAACCAUUACUUUUUACAAGGUGCAGUGGUUGUUGACCAUGACUAUAUUGCCUUAUCUGAAAGAUCCUAUAAUCCAAGCCAACAAGACUCUGUUGCUGAAGGAGAAAUAAAUGCCUACACAAGCGAUGUCAUAUCUGCUGUGCAAAUGCCACCCACGGCCUGCAAAGACCAAGAACCAGCAGAUGGUAAACCUGAGUCUGAGAUGACAGAAGAUCCCCUCAUUGAAUCAAACGCUGCAAAGCUGGAGCAAUGGCCUUCGCCUUGUUGGACACUUCAGACCAAGAUAGAGGAUACUUAAGCACAGCAUCAUGUCACAGUUCAUUGCCAAACAGAUUGGAACUUUUGUGGCAGCCCGAGGGGGGAAAAAAAAGCUCUGAAUUCCUUAGCCAAAUCUACUUUACUCCUUUGUGAAUGUAAGAGUACCACUGGUUAGUUUGUAUGGGUAUUAAGAAGGAACUGCUCUGUUACCAAAAACACAUGUACAGCCUAGUAAAAGCACAUGUUCUGCUACUGUAUGACAUAAAUUAACCACUGAACAGCUACGAUGUUCUUAAUGUGGGUGUUGAGAAGCACUUGCUCAGUGACCACAAGUACAGGCACACCCUAGUAAAAGCACAUGUUCUCAUCCUGCAUUUGCAUUUCAGAUUUUGUUAGUACAACUGCAGUGUGGCUGUACCAUACUAUUAUCCUCUCAGGACACAAUGCAUCAUGUCACUGCAAUGACCUUUACAUUAAUCCUUAGAUGACUCAUUCCUAAUGUGCAGAGAUUCUGUGGGAUGAAUAUAAUCUGAGCAACUUGAUGUGAAAUUUGCCUCCAGAGAAGCUCAUGCCCUCCUUUUGCUGUUAUAAAAGUUUCCUGUUCUUUCUGAGAAGCUCCAAACUGACUUUUACGGCUUGUAAUUUCUAGUCACUUAAUGCUCUGAAAGUAUUUUGUGUCUUCUAGAAAUCCAGCCCCAUAUGCAUGCUUUUUCUCUACCGAGACUGUUUAAUAAAGAAGGUGCUGAGCAGUGUUUGGGGAUGCUGGCUGAGCAGGCUGCUUCUCUGUCUCAGCCCCACAGAGCACUUGGAGAAGAAAAGGCUUUCUGUUGGCAUUGACAAACACAGACAAGCUGAGAAGCCCAACUUCCUGGUGGCUGCUGUUGCCCAAAAGCCAAGCUGUGCUGUCCCCUGAGGAUAGCUGACCUUUAUAGUUGUCAGUCUAGUGCAUCAAGGAAGUAAAGAAAGUGGGCUUAGUGAAAUGAAAAAUAAAAAAAACCUAGGAAAUCCUGUCAAACUAGUCCCAGCAGGAAAGAAACCCACGUGUAAAUAUGACAUAAUCAGUAACUGUGAUCAGUGGCCUGCCUUUGGUUUAAAUUUUUCCCCCAGUAAUGAGCACUGUGGUCAAACAGUGUUUCCUCUCUGGAACAGUAGUUGUAAUUGAAAUAGUCUUCCCCUGAAUAGCAGUUGUUUGGGUGCUGUGUGCGACGGGCACUGGAGGUUCAUGUCAUGAUAGUCACGUGGCAGCCUAAAUUGUUCCUGUGCUAAUCCUUAACAGAUGCCCAGGCUCUUCAAGCCAACUGCUCCUCCUCCAUAUGUACCUUUGUUUCUUCCAUUCUGAUUAUUGACUAAAGUGACAUCUUCUGCUAGGAUGGAUUUGUUAUAUUGUUAGAUAUGGUAUGUGUGUGCGUGUAUUCAAUAUGUAUAAAUAUAUAGAGAGUGUGUGUGCAAAAAAAAAAAAAAAAAAAUAAAAAAUAUUAGUGUCAGGGAUAAAAUCGGAGAAUAAAUGGAGCUGUCUGCAAGAUUUCUUUCUGCUUUGUUAGGUGCAAAAGAAAUCUUACUUCACAUGGUAGAGCAGAGCUGUUUUGUGGGGAAGCUCGGGCAGCGCAGGUGCUGUGUGCUUGUUACAGCCACACUGGAGAGAAAGAAAAUGCUACAGUGGCAGGGGAAUGGGAAAACCAGGAAACAUUUAACAUACUGUAACGCUGAUCAUUCAGGCUUCCUGGUAAUUUUGGGUCUACUGUAUUACAAGCAGGCAUUAGUGCUUCUUCAGUGCACCUAAAUGGGUCCUUCUCUGCAUGUAGGAGGUUCAUUGAAAUAAAAUACAGGGGUUUCAAACUAAUUGUGUGAAAAACAGUAAAUGAAAACUGAAAAGAAACGCCCCAGGAAACCCGGGCCAUGGGAAGCUGCACAUUGUGCCUGGGGAAGCUGAGGGAAACCCUCCGCACCCUUGCCAUAGCAAAGCCUCCUUCAGCCUGUGCUCUGCCUGCAAUCUGUUGUGACCUGCCUACUCCUGACUGUAUUUUAACCAACUUGGUUAAAUACAUAGCUGUCCAUCUGUAUGCUUUUUCACUGGCACGCGGGCUUGAUUUGUGAUAGGUAGGUAGUAAAAGACUAUUUCAUAGUGGAAUUCUUAGAAAUCUUGUUUUCUAAUAGAGUUUGUGCCCCCUCAGAGCAAGUUGUUUUGAGGGGAGGAGUAAAAGGAAGUAUAUCAUGAAAUAAAAAGUGCAAAUUUCCUCAUACCUCCCAGCACAGAGCUAUGAACGUUUAUCCUGUGGGUUUGCUAGCAGCGCUUCUAGCUCGCAGUUUGGUGAAAAACACAAUGAAAAAAAUCACCUGCUAGAGAAAAGGCUCUACAAACACUCAGAGUGUUUUACUGUGUACUGAAAACCUUUCAUCUCGUUGGAAUACUGCCUGAACUUUUGUAUAA